UAAGUAUUAUAAAUUUGAUUUGUAGUCGUUUAUUUUUUAUUUACCAUAAUUGUUAUUAUAUAAUUUAUAAUGUUUGUGAUGCGGCUUUGGCGUACCAGWAUAUUUGGAGAGAGUUUAUUAAGAACAGUAUGCCACAGCGUUCAUCUUUCUGRAGUUAGACAAUUYUCAGAACCCUUAUAUCAACAAAAAGUCAAUAUCAGAUAUAAUAAAUUCAAGGGCCAUCCGUAUGCCACAUAUGACGCAUUGAAAUGUUGGAACUGUCAGACGUUAUUAGACAUCAGACCUUGUCUGUUUUGUAAAAAUUGCUCAUUAAUUCAGUCACCCAGUGAUCAGAAUUUAAAUUAUUUUGAGCUAUUUAACAUAAAUGUUCAGUACGACAUUGAUACUGCACAGUUAACAUCAGAGUUUAGAAAACUACAAAACCUUAUGCAUCCAGACAGAUUUUCUAACAAAACUGAAGAAGAACAAGUACUAUCCGAAUCAUUUUCUUCUCUAUUAAACAAAUCUUAUACAACUUUAAUGAAUCCACUUCAAAGAGGCAUUUAUAUGUUAAACCUUGGUGGUUUGAGUGUUGAAGAAGAUUCUAUAACAAUGGAUACCACUUUUUUAUACGAAAUAAUGGAUUGGAAUGAAAAAGUUGAACAAGUUGAUACAAAAGAAUCUUUAAAACACCUGAAGAAAGAUGUUGAUGAUAUGUUGUUUGUCUUAUACACGGAAUUAUCAAAAGCUUUCAGCGAAAAUAACCAAACUCAAGCAAAAGUAGUAUUAUCAAAAGCCAAGUUCUUUACAACAUUGCUAGAAAAAAUCAAAGAUAAAGAUGACUUAUAAAAAAAAAUUUCAGUAUAUUUUUCAAACUGCUAAAAAAUAGUUUCAAAAAUAUUUAAAUUAGAACA